UCUUUAACUUUUCUGCAGCCUGAUUCUUUUUCUUAGACCAUCACUAUCUCAGAAAUUGUUAAAAGAAUCUGUGGAAAAUUUCUUCAAGUGUAUUUAUUUGAGUUAUAUAUUUAAAAAAAAAAAAAAGAGUAAGAGAUUAUUACCAGUGAGAUAUGAGUUAUGCAAUGAAUCGGGUUGUAUUUUUUAAAUUAAAUUUGUAUAUAUCAAACUAAAAAUAAAUGAAAUAGUAAAAGUUAAAAAUAUAUAAAAUAGUAAAAUCUUAUCACCCACCGGAAGUUGGAUUUUCCAGCAUAUGUGACUUCUGUGUUAGUAAGGGUAAACUUUUGUGGCUUUUGUGCUAGAAAAUAUAGUUAGGUGACUUGUGAAAAAAAUUAAAGUUGUGUCACCAUAUGUGAAAUUUACUCCCUAAAUAUGUGCACAAUAUUUCUUUUAAGUUUACUUAAUUUAUUUACGCUUCAAGGUAUUCAUUCAAUUUUGGUUUCUAAUUUUUAUUUUCAACAUUAAAAGCCCCAACUACCAAAUUUACUAGAAGAAUCUGUAGAGAACUUUUGAAGUGUGGUUUAGCAAGUCUUUAACAACCUUUGAAGUGUGGGUUAGCAAGUCUUUAACAACAUUUGACCCAAGUCAAGUGAAAUGAAGUGUUGAUAUAGCUAUAAAUACGUAUGGAUUGUGAUAAUGGAUUUUGUAAGAAACAUUGUGUUAUUUGCUGAAAACAAACAAAAGAAAAUGGCAAGUCUCUUUUUCUUUUAUUCACUUGUCUGUUUUGUCUUUCUAAGUCAAAGCUUUUCUUCAUCAUCUGUGCAUCAUCUUUGCUCUUUCAGUGAAGCUUCUGCUUUGCUUCAAUUUAAGAAACCCUUUGGAAUCUCCUUAGAAAAAUCUGAUUGGUGUGAUAAUUCUUCUUUCCCGAAAACAUCAUCUUGGAAUGAGAGUAGGGAUUGUUGCAGUUGGGAUGGAGUCAAGUGUGACAUGUUAACGGGUCAUGUUAUCGGCUUGGACCUUAGUUGCAGUAAGCUUUCAGGAACUAUUCAUCCCAACAGCAGCCUCUUCCAAAUUCAUCUUCUUCGGAGUCUAAACCUUGCUUACAAUAACUUCAGUUCUUCAUCAAUUCCAAGUGGCAUUGGCCGCUUGAGGAAUUUGAAGCAUCUUAACCUUUCUGGCUCUCUGUUUGAUGGUAAAAUCCCAAUAGAAAUCUCACACCUUUCCAAUCUGGUUUCACUUGAUCUUUCUUCUCUUGGUGGAUGUGAACUUGACCAGAAAACAUUUGAAACACUGCUUCAAAACUUCACAAAUCUGAAAGUAGUUUCUCUCUCUGGUGUCAACAUCUCAUCUCCAAUACCUAUGAAUGUGUCUUCUUCAUUCAGGUACGUGAAUCUGGAAGGUACCAAUUUGCAAGGUGUUCUGACAGAGAGCUUCUUUCUUCUGCCAAACUUGGAAAGGCUCAAUUUGGGUGACAAUUAUUUCACUGGCCAGAUUCCUAAUUCCAUUGGCAACCUAACCCAAAUUAGGGAGUUAGAUUUACGUUGGAAUCAUUUCACUGGCCAGAUUCCUAAUUCCAUUGGCAACCUAACCCAAAUUAGGGAGUUAUAUUUAAAUGAUAAUUAUUUCACUGGCCAGAUUCCUAAUUCCAUUGGCAACCUAACCCAAAUUAGGGAGUUAGAUUUAGGUGAUAAUGAUUUCACUAGCCAGAUUCCUAAUUCCAUUGGCAACCUAACCCAAAUUAGGGAGUUAGAUUUACGUUGGAAUCAUUUCACUGGCCAGAUUCCUAAUUCCAUUGGCAACCUAACCCAAAUUAGGGAGUUAUAUUUAAAUGAUAAUUAUUUCACUGGCCAGAUUCCUAAUUCCAUUGGCAACCUAACCCAAAUUAGGGAGUUAGAUUUAGGUGAUAAUGAUUUCACUGGCCAGAUUCCUAAUUCCAUUGGCAACCUAACCCAAAUUAGGGAGUUAGAUUUACGUUGGAAUCAUUUCACUGGCCAGAUUCCUAAUUCCAUUGGCAACCUAACCCAAAUUAGGGAGUUAGAUUUACGUUGGAAUCAUUUCACUGGCCAGAUUCCUAAUUCCAUUGGCAACCUAACCCAAAUUAGGGAGUUAUAUUUAUAUAGUAAUCAUUUCACUGGCCAGAUUCCUUCAACAAUCUCUAAUUUGAAGCAGCUCACAUAUGUAAAUCUUUCAAAUAACUCUCUUGGAGGCGAAAUUCCCAAUGUUUUCUCUAACCUCCAAGAGCUAGAGCAAUUGGAUUUGUCUGGCAACUCACUGAAUGGCACAAUACCCUCUUGGGUGUUUAGCCUCCCUUCCUUAAAUACAUUGAGUCUCCAUCACAAUCAAUUCAGUAGAGUGGCUGAUGAGCUCAAAGCAAACUCAGCAUUAGAGCAUUUGGAUUUAAGUCAUAAUCAACUCAGUGGUCCUUUUCUUCAAUCACUUGAGAAUCUCACUAACCUAUCCUUCCUUGACCUUUCAUCAAAUAACAUGGAUGCAGGAAUAAAUAUCACUUUUCCUAGCCUAAAAGUUUUGUUCUUAUCAUCUUGUGAACUGAAGGCUUUUCCACACUUGAGAAAUUCAACAGCACUUAGGUUGUUGGAUCUUUCUAACAAUAAGAUUGAUGGUCCAAUACCUAACUGGUUUAGCGGCAUGAGGUGGGACUCAUUGGAGUACCUAAACCUUUCUCAUAGUUCACUUACAGGACAUAUAGAACAACUUCAUUACCCUAAUCUACAGUAUCUUGAUCUUAAAUUUAACUCCCUUCAAGGUCAGCUACCUUCUUCUAUCUGUAAUAUGAGCAGCCUUACAUUUUUAGAUUUAUCCCACAACAACUUCAGUGACUCUGUUCCAAAUUGCUUGGGCAACAUGUCUGCGCUAUCGGUGCUGGACUUGAGAAGAAAUAAUUUCAAUGGGAGUCUACCACCAUUAUGUGGGCACAGCACUUCAUUGACGAACAUCGUCUUGAAUGCUUGGCUAGGAACUCUUGAAGAGUUGCAAGUUCUUAUAUUAAAGUCGAACACGUUCCAUGGACCUGUAAGUACUAGGCAGAAGUUUUGCUUUCCCAGGUUGCGGAUUUUCGAUCUGUCUCAUAAUGAGUUCAGUGGUUCACUGCCUUCAGAAGUUUUUCGAAACUUCAAAGCAAUGAUAAAAAAUGGCACACAUGAAGGUGACUUCAGCUAUAUGGAAGCACCACUUAACUCAAGUUAUGCAGUGUACAAGGAUUCAGUGAGGUUGGUGAUCAAAGGCCAUGAUAUUCAGCUAGAAAAAAUCAGCACAAUUAUGACAGCCAUAGAUCUCUCAAGCAACCAUUUUGAAGGUGUGAUUCCGAAAACACUAAUGGGUCUUGGCUCACUUUGGCUACUCAAUUUAUCCCGUAAUAAUCUCAAAGGUGAUAUUCCAAUUGAGCUGGCGCAUUUGAAUAUGCUUGAAGCGUUAGAUCUCUCUUGGAAUCAGCUCACUGGAAAGGUUCCGCCGGAAUUGACAAGGCUGACAUUUCUGGCAUUCUUGAACCUCUCUCAGAAUCAUCUUGAUGGACCAAUUCCUCGAGGUCUACAAUUCAACACAUUUGAUAAUGACUCGUAUGGUGGCAACCUUGAUUUAUGUGGUCCUCCUUUAUCAAAGCAAUGUGGAACAAGUGAACCAUCGCAUGUUCCUCAACCAUUGGAGUCCGAAGAAGAAGAAAACGAGUCAUACUUUUUAAGUGGAUUUACAUGGGAAUCGGUAGUCAUAGGCUACAGUUGUGGACUUGUUGUUGGAACUGUCUUGUGGAGCCUCAUGUUUAAAGCUCGUAAGCCAAAAUGGGUUGUGGAAUUUCUUGAAGGCGCUUUUCCCAAGAGAAUGAGAAGAGCACAGAAGAGAAGGCUGAGACGGCGGACUUAAUUGACGAUUGAAAGAGUGAACUUUCAGUUUCUGUUUUUUCUCUUUUUAAUUUUCUGUUUGUUUUUUGUAUAUGAUUGAUAGCGAAAUUGUGUGUUACUUUUAAUUUUCUGUUUGUUGUUUGUAUAUGAUUGAUAUCAAUAUAAUUGUAUGUGUUACUUUAUCA